GAAUGUUCCCUCUUCCGUUUACUAAGAAACGGUGUGUCGGUCAAAGGAGUUUCAUUUUUUUUCCCCGUUUCCUCACAGGAAGACUUUCUAUUACAGUAUGUCAACUAACAAUAUGGCAGAUCCAAGGAGGCCAAACAAAAUUUUAAGGUACAAGCCCCCCAGUACAGAGGCCAACCCCACACUGGAAGACCCCACUCCGGACUACAUGAACCUGCUUGGCAUGAUCUUUAGCAUGUGUGGGCUGAUGCUCAAGGUUACCUUCACAUAUCUCAAGUGGUGCGCCUGGAUGGCAGUCUACUGUUCUUUCAUCAGCUUUGCAAACUCCAGAAGCUCAGAGGACACCAAACAAAUGAUGAGUAGUUUUAUGCUGUCCAUCUCAGCAGUUGUGAUGUCCUACCUCCAGAACCCACAGCCAAUGUCACCGCCAUGGUAACCAACGGCCAAUCAGAGUGCAAGGCAGAAGUAAAGCAGAGGCUGGAGUGGGCUGAGGAGUUGACCCUCCUCCCCCACCCCCUGGCAUCUACAUGAAAAACCAGAGACAAAAAGAAGACAAUGGGAUAGAAAUAGAAAGAAAAAACAGAAGACUAGAAUCGAAGUGAACAGUAAGAGGACACAGUGUCGAGGCUGAAAGCUCAGCUGUCUGAAACUUUGUUCUCGUAUGUUUCUGUUUUUAACCUUUUUCUACUUUUUGGUAGGUGAAGUUGAAAAUAUCAUAAUUUCACUGUUUAGCUGAACUGUUGAUUAAUACCAUGAAUAAAACUUAACAGUUUUAAAAGAAACAGCUGUCUGAUACUGCC